UUUGAGUGGCAAUAAACGGGGAUCGAAAGGGGAUUACAAGUAUUGAUAACGUCGAAUGGGAAACGGUGACGUAUUGGCUCGAAAGUAAAUGAAGAAAUUACAAGUAUUCGAUAUUGUGAAUUAAAUAGAGUAGUGGGGAUGAAUAAAUAGAAUCUAUUGUAGCUAGUAUAAAAGGCAACGAUCGACACAGUGAAACGUUCAGUCAAGGUUGUGCGCUCUCUUACCGCGUUUGUCUAUACAGCAUGAUCGGACUAAGCAGGCGAAAGCUUUUAAUAUCUGGGGUGAGCAUCGGCAUCAUUUUAGCUGCGAUCAUAGCAGUUAUAUUAAUCGUUUCCCUCGGUAACAAUGAUUCAGAAAACGAGAACACCAAGAAUGCUGCAUUGUAUCAUGGAGUCUACAAAAAGGCUGCGGUGUCUACGAACGGACCAGAAUGCGCUCAUAUCGGAGCUUCUAUGUUAGCCAAGGGUGGCUCGGCCGUCGACGCGGCUAUUGCUGCCCUCCUAUGCGAGGGAGUCGCCUCCUUGCACAGUAUGGGAUUGGGUGGUGGAUUUUUAAUGACCAUCUGGGACGCGAAUACUAAAACUGCCGACUACUUGGAUGCACGGGAAGUUGCGCCGGGCAAGGCAGACAGGGACAUGUUCAAAGGCGAUCCUGAGUUGGCAAAGUACGGUGGAUUAGCGAUUGCCGUGCCGGGCGAAUUGAUGGGAUACUGGGAGGCUCAUAGAAAAUACGGGAAACUGGCGUGGUCAGAAUUGUUCGAACCAACGAUCUCACUGUGCGAAACUGGAUCCAUCGUUACUACUUAUCUGCACAACUACUUACACUCCAAAGAAGAGAAGAUAAAAAAGGAAAAGUCAUUGGCAGAGAUUCUAAUAAACCCUAAGACCAACACGACGUGGAAGCAAGGCGAUAGGAUCAAGAGACCUCAGCUGAAAAAGACACUGCAAAAGAUUGCGAACUUGGGGCCCAGCAUAUUUUACAACGGUUCCAUAGGUGACGAACUAGUAAAAGAAAUAAAAGCCUUCAAUGGUAUCAUCGAAAAGGAGGAUUUAAGAAAUUACAAAGUCAAGUGGUCGAAACCGAUCAACACAACUUUCGGGGUAUUCACAAUGUACACCGCGCCGCCACCAGGCUCAGGUGCGAUUUUAGCUUUCAUUCUUAACGUGCUCGAGGGCAUAAUACCUAGCAGCAACGAAAACGUCAUGUGGCAGAACAUAGUCGAAACGUUUAAAUGGGCUUACGCCAGAAGAAACGAGUUAGCUGACCCUGACUACACUCCGCCUGAUUAUGACAUUGCUGCUCUUUUGGCCAAUCUAACGUCCAUGGAUUAUGCCAAGGAAAUUCGGCACAAAAUUAAAAUAGACAAAACGAGCAACGAUCCGGAAUACUACGGAGCUGUGACGGUAACACCGAACGAUUCUGGAACGUCGCACGUUUCCGUUUUGGCCCCCGACGGAUCAGCUGUAUCGGUCACAUCUACUAUAAAUCAAGUUUUAGGUGCGAUGAUACGUUCAACAUCAACUGGAAUAAUAUUUAACGACGAGAUGGACGAUUUCAGUUCGCCAAAUAUGAUUAAUGGAUUCGAUUUACCACCCUCGCCAGUAAAUUAUAUUAAACCUGGUAAAAGACCCAUGAGCUCCAUGAGCCCGACGAUAAUUUUAGAUGAUAAAGGAGAUGUUCGGUUAGUUAUCGGUGCUGCAGGCGGUACCAAGAUAAUUUCUGCAGUCGCAAUAGCAACGGUAUUAAAUCUUUUCUCCGGAUACCAAAUAAAUCAUGCUGUCGAAGCGUUGAGACUUCAUCACCAGCUACUGCCGAUGAAAGUGGAGAACGAGCGAAAAUUCGCCCCGACAGUAUUGAGUUAUUUACACAGUAUCGGGCACAACGUAUCAACUUAUGGUGGAAUCGGUAGUGCUGUUACAGCUGUGGCCAAGCAACACGGACAUAUAAUCGCCAGUUCGGAUUUUCGCAGAGAAGGCAAGACCGCCGGGUUUUAAGAUUACAUACAAGCGAUUCCACGAGCAAACGAUAGAAGCCGAAAAACAAUAUGUGAUUUUAAAUACGUAACUGCUCCGAGUAAGAUUUCCGUGCCACUUUUAGUAUUAUAUUUCCGAAAGUAUUAGAUUUAAUUGGGGACAUUGUAAAAUAUAGACGCCAGUAUUUUCGUUAUUCGAGAUACAAGUCGUACAUUAAUUUUUAUCGUUAGACCUAUUGUAAAAAUGCUCGAGUGAAAGUAUUUCGUGUAUUUUAUAACGUUACAUUUUAUACGAUUUCCAACGAACCAAGCACAAUGUAAAAAAUAAUUUAUUUGAAAAAGAGAAUGUACAAACCUUCA